AUGGCCCAAGGCCACAGCCCCGGAGGGGGGGGCGCGAGGGAGAACCUUGUGUUCCAGACGGGCAUGGUGGGCUAUCCGGAGGCCCUCACGGAUCCCUCCUACAAAUCUCAGAUCCUGGUCCUGACGUAUCCCCUCGUCGGGAACUAUGGGGUCCCACCGGACGAGUUGGACAAGUAUGGCAUCAGCCGGUGGUUUGAGUCCAGCCGUAUCCACGUGGCUGCCCUGAUCGUGGGCGAGUGUUCCCGGAACCCUAGCCACUGGAGCGCCACUCGCUCCCUUGACCAGUGGCUGCAGGAGAAGGGGGUCCCUGGCCUGGAAGGCGUGGACACCCGGGCGCUGACCAAGAGGAUCCGGGAGAAGGGGUCCCUUCUGGGCCGAGUGGCGCUGGACGGCCUCCGCCACGCCCACCUGCCCUUUGAGGACCCAAACCAGAGGCACCUGGUCAAGGAGGUCUCCGUCCAAGAACCCCGUCUGUUCAACCCGGGGGGGUCUGUGAGGAUCACGGCCGUGGAUUGUGGCCUGAAAUACAACCAGAUCCGGUGCCUGUGCGAGCGGGGCGCCGCCGUCACGGUGGUGCCGUGCGAUCACCCCCUGGAUAGCGCGGAGUUUGACGGGCUUUUUGUCAGCAACGGCCCGGGGGACCCCCAGCUCUGCCAAACGACCAUCGCUCAGCUGCGGGCGGUCCUGGAGCUGCCCUCCCCGAAGCCUGUCUUUGGCAUCUGCUUGGGCCACCAGCUGCUGGCGCUGGCCAUCGGGGCCAAGACCUACAAGAUGAAGUACGGGAAUCGGGGCCACAACCAGCCUUGCCUCCACGAGGGCUCCCAGCGCUGCUUCAUCACCUCCCAGAACCACGGCUUUGCGGUGGAGCCGGGCAGCCUGCCGGCCGGCUGGGCCCCCCUCUUCACUAACGCCAACGACCUCUCCAACGAGGGGCUUGUCCACACCUCGAAGCCCUUCUUCAGCGUGCAGUUCCACCCGGAGCACAGCGCUGGGCCGACGGACCUCGAGGGCCUCUUUGAUGUUUUUCUGGAGACGGUGAAAGACAGCAUGGCUGGAGGAGCAAACACCAAGACAGUCUGCGAGCGGCUCCAGCGAUACCUGCGCCCGUCCCAGAGUCCGCCCGCCAGCCCCGCAGGCCGCCCUCGUAAAGUGCUCAUCCUGGGUUCGGGGGGCCUCUCCAUCGGACAGGCGGGAGAGUUUGACUACUCCGGCUCCCAGGCCAUCAAAGCUCUGAAAGAUGAGAACAUCCAGACGGUGCUGAUCAACCCCAACAUCGCCACCGUGCAGACCUCCAAGGGCCUGGCCGACAAGGUCUACUUCUUGCCCAUCACCCCAGACUACGUAACCCAGGUGAUCAAGAACGAGCGCCCCGACGGGGUCUUACUGACGUUUGGGGGCCAGACCGCCCUGAACUGUGGCGUGGAGCUGACCAAAGGUGGCGUGCUGGAGCGGUACAGUGUGCGAGUCCUGGGCACCCCCGUGGCUUCCAUUGAGAUGACGGAGGACCGCAAAGUCUUUGUGGAGAAGAUGGAGGAGAUUGGGGAGCAUGUGGCGCCCAGCGAGGCCGCGUGCUCCGUCGAACAGGCCCAGGCAGCGGCCGAUCGGCUUGGCUACCCCGUGCUGGUGCGCUCUGCCUACGCGCUGGGCGGGCUGGGCUCCGGCUUCGCCAACGGGCGGGAGGAGCUGACGGCCCUGGUGGGGCAGGCCUUGGCGCACACCUCGCAAGUGCUGGUGGACAAGUCGCUCAAGGGCUGGAAGGAGAUCGAAUACGAGGUCGUGCGGGACGCCUACGACAACUGCAUCACGGUGUGCAACAUGGAGAACUUGGACCCGCUGGGCAUCCACACAGGGGAGUCCAUCGUGGUGGCCCCCAGCCAGACCCUCAACGACCGGGAGUAUAACCUCCUGCGCACCACGGCCAUCAAGGUGGUCCGGCACUUGGGCAUUGUCGGCGAGUGCAACGUCCAGUACGCGCUAAACCCUGAGUCAGAGCAGUACUACAUCAUUGAGGUGAACGCCCGGCUGUCGCGGAGUUCGGCGCUGGCUAGCAAGGCCACGGGCUACCCCUUGGCCUACGUGGCUGCCAAGCUAGCCUUGGGCAUCCCACUGCCAGUCCUCAGGAACUCGGUCACCAACUCCACCACCGCUUGCUUUGAGCCCAGCCUGGAUUACUGUGUGGUCAAGAUCCCGCGCUGGGACCUCAGCAAGUUCCUGCGUGUCAGCACCAAGAUCGGCAGCUCCAUGAAGAGCGUGGGGGAGGUCAUGGCCAUCGGGAGGAACUUUGAGGAGGCCUUCCAGAAGGCUCUGCGCAUGGUGGAUGAGAACUGCCUGGGCUUUGACCACACCGUGAAGCCGGCCUCGGACAUGGAGCUGGAGACCCCCACGGACAAGCGCAUCUUCGUGCUGGCCGCCGCUCUGUGGGCCGGCUACUCCAUCGAGCGCCUCUACGAGCUCACCAAGAUUGACCGCUGGUUCCUGCACAAGAUGAAGAACAUCACGGACCACGCUCUGCGCCUGGAGUCCUAUCGCCAGGCCGAGCCGGGCACCAUGCCGCCUCCUGUGCUCAAGCUGGCCAAGCAGCUGGGCUUCUCGGACAAGCAGGUGGCCCAGGCAGUGCUCAGCACAGAGCUGGCGGUGCGGAAGAUGCGCCACGACCUGAAGAUCCUGCCGGUGGUGAAGCAGAUCGACACGGUGGCCGCCGAAUGGCCGGCCCAGACCAACUACCUCUACCUGAGCUACAACGGGACCGAGCACGACCUGGCCUUCCGGGAGCCCCACGUCAUGGUCAUCGGCUCCGGCGUCUACCGCAUCGGCAGCAGCGUGGAGUUCGACUGGUGCGCCGUGGGGUGCAUCCGGGAGCUGCGCAAGAUGGGCUACAAAACCAUCAUGGUGAACUACAACCCGGAGACUGUGAGCACCGACUACGACACGUGUGACCGGCUCUACUUUGAUCCUCCCCUCCGGCAGGUGGUGAUGGACAUCUACGAGCUGGAGAACCCCGAGGGCGUGAUCCUGUCCAUGGGGGGCCAGCUGCCCAACAACAUCGCCAUGGCCCUGCACCGCCAGCAGUGCCGCAUCCUGGGCACCUCCCCGGAGGCCAUCGACUCGGCCGAGAACCGCUUCAAGUUCUCCCGACUCCUGGACACCAUCAGCAUCAGCCAGCCCCUCUGGAAGGAGCUCUCGGACAUGGAGUCGGCCAAGCAGUUCUGCUGCAAAGUGGGCUACCCCUGCGUGGUGCGGCCCUCGUACGUCCUCAGCGGGGCCGCCAUGAACGUGGCCUAUUCCGACAGCGACCUGGAGCGCUUCCUGAGCAACGCCGUCGCCGUCUCCAAGGAGCAGCCGGUGGUCAUCUCUAAGUUCAUCCAGGAGGCCAAGGAGAUCGACGUGGAUGCCGUGGCCUGUGACGGGCAGGUGGUGGCCAUUGCCAUCUCUGAGCACGUGGAGAACGCUGGCGUGCACUCGGGAGAUGCCACGCUGGUGACGCCGCCCCAGGACAUCACGCCCAAGACCCUGGAGCGGAUCAAGGCCAUUGUCCACGCCAUCGGGCAGGAGCUGCAGGUCACGGGGCCCUUCAACCUGCAGCUGAUCGCCAAGGACGACCAGCUGAAGGUGAUCGAGUGCAACGUGCGGGUCUCGCGCUCCUUCCCCUUCGUCUCCAAGACGCUGGGCGUGGACCUGGUGGCCUUGGCCACGCAGGUGAUCAUGGGGGAGGAGGUGGAGCCUGUCGGACUCAUGGUCCCCCAGUUCUCCUUCUCCCGGCUGGCGGGGGCCGACGUGGUCCUGGGCGUGGAGAUGACCAGCACGGGGGAGGUGGCCUGCUUCGGAGAGAACCGCUGUGAGGCCUACCUCAAGGCCAUGCUCAGCACCGGCUUCAAGAUACCCAAAAAGAACAUCCUGCUCACCAUCGGGAGCUACAAGAACAAGAGCGAGCUGCUCUCGACGGUCCGCACCCUGGAGAGCCUGGGCUACAGCCUCUACGCCAGCUUGGGCACGGCCGACUUCUACACGGAGCAUGGCAUCAAGGUGAAGGCGGUCGACUGGCACUUUGAGGAGGCAGAGGCGGGCGAGGGGCCCUGCAAGGAGAACCCGCAGCGCAGCAUCUUGGACUACCUGGCCGAGAACCACUUUGACCUGGUGAUCAACCUCUCCAUGCGCAACUCGGGGGGCCGGCGGCUCUCCUCCUUCGUCACCAAGGGCUACCGCACCCGGCGCCUGGCCGUGGACUACUCCGUCCCCCUCAUCAUCGACAUCAAAUGCACCAAGCUCUUUGUGGAGGCCCUUGGCCAGAUAGGGGGCCCCCCUCCCUUGAAGAUGCACGUGGAUUGCAUGACCUCCCAGAAGCUCAUCCGUUUGCCAGGGUUGAUCGACGUCCACGUGCACCUGCGGGAACCGGGGGCCACGCACAAGGAGGACUUUGCCAGUGGCACGGCAGCCGCUCUGGCGGGGGGCAUCACCCUGGUGUGCGCCAUGCCCAACACCUCCCCUGCGGUCCUUGACGCCGGCUCCUUGGCUCUGGCACAGAAGUUGGCCGAGGCCGGCGCCCGCUGCGAUUUUGCCCUUUACCUGGGCGCCUCUUCCGACAACGCCGGCUCCCUCGGGACGCUGGCUGGAGCUGCCGCCGGCCUCAAGAUGUACCUGAACGACACCUUCUCUGACCUCAAGAUGGACAACGUUUCUCUCUGGAUGGAGCACUUUGAGAAAUGGCCCAAGCACCUUCCCAUUGUGGCUCACGCCGAGAAGCAGACGGUGGCCGCCAUCCUGAUGGUGGCCCAGCUGUACCAGCGCCCGGUCCAUAUCUGCCACGUGGCCCGCAAGGAGGAGAUCCUGAUCAUCAAGGCAGCCAAGCAGAAGGGCAUUGCGGUGACUUGCGAGGUGGCCCCCCACCACCUCUUCCUGUGCCAGGAAGACUUGGGGCGCAUCGGGGAGGGCCGCGGCCAGGUGCGGCCCAUGCUGGGCACCCGGGAGGAUAUGGAGGCCCUGUGGGAGAACCUGGACACCGUGGACUGCUUUGCCACUGACCACGCACCCCAUACUCUGGAGGAGAAGCUGGGGAAGGACCCCCCUCCGGGCUUCCCCGGCUUGGAGACCAUGCUGCCCCUUCUGCUGACGGCCGUCUCCGAGGGGCGCCUCACGGUGGAGGACGUGGUCCAGCGCCUUUACGAGAACCCCCGGCGGAUCUUCGGGCUGCCUGUUCAGGAGGACACCUACAUCGAGGUGGACCUGGAGCAGGAAUGGCUGGUGCCGGCUCACACGGCCUUCAGCAAGUCCCGGUGGACGCCCUUCGAAGGGAUGCGUGUGAAAGGGAUGGUGCGCCGUGUCAUCCUCCGUGGGGAGGUGGCCUACAUAGAUGGCCAGGUUCUUGUGCCCCCGGGCUACGGGCAAGAUGUGCGGAAGUGGCCGUGCGCAGCACCACCCCUCCCAGCCCCGGCCAAAGAGAUCCUCAAGACUCCAGAACGCCCCCACCCCCCUGUCCAGAUGGAGGCCUUGCGAAGCCGAGCAGCCAGUCCCCGGCGAGCGGCUCUGGCCAGUGAUGCCCGCUUCUACUUGGCCCCCCGCAUCCACCGGGCCUCGGACCCCGGGCUGCCAGCUGCUGAUCUCAGGGAGAAAGUUGUGAAAAGGGCCCCAGAGGCAGGUGAGGUCUCUCUUCCUGAGCCGCCCUUGCUGGGUCACAGCUUGGGUGGGGAGGCAGCCCUUCCUCCUGGCAACCCCACCCCACCCCACCCCCAGCUCUCCCACCUGCUGAACAUUGCGCACAACCUCCGCAUGAUGGUGCAGAAGGAACGGGCCUUGGAGAUCCUCAAGGGAAAGGUGAUGGCCUCCAUGUUCUACGAGGCGAGCACCCGGACCAGCAGCUCCUUCGCGGCCGCCAUGUGUCGCCUGGGGGGCUCCGUCCUCUCCUUCUCAGAGGCCACCUCGUCCUGCCAGAAAGGGGAGUCCUUGGCCGAUUCGGUCCAAACCAUGAGCUGCUAUGCGGACGUCCUGGUCCUGAGGCACCCCCAGCCAGGGGCUGUGGAGCUUGCUGCCAAGCACUGCCGCAAACCUGUGAUCAAUGCCGGGGACGGAGUCGGGGAGCACCCCACCCAGGCGCUGCUGGACAUCUUCACCAUCCGCGAGGAGCUGGGCACAGUCAAUGGCAUGACGAUCACCAUGGUGGGCGACCUGAAGCACGGGCGCACGGUGCACUCCCUGGCCCGCCUCCUGACCCUCUACCGGGUCAGCUUGCGCUACGUCACGCCUCCCAGCCUGGGCAUGCCGCCCGAGAUCGUUCACUUCGUGGCUUCAAAAGGGGUCAAGCAGGAAGAGUUUGAGAGCAUCGAAGAGGCCCUGCCGGACACGGACGUCCUCUACAUGACCCGCAUCCAGAAGGAGCGCUUUGCCACCGUCCAGGAGUACGAAGCGUGUUUCGGGCAGUUCAUCUUGACGCCGCACAUCAUGACACGGGCCAAGAAGAGGAUGGUGGUCAUGCACCCCAUGCCACGGGUCAAUGAGAUCAGUGUCGAGGUGGACUCGGAUCCUCGGGCAGCCUAUUUCCGGCAGGCAGAGAACGGGAUGUACGUCCGCAUGGCCCUCUUGGCCACCGUGCUCGGGCGCUACUGACGCCGGCCCAGACGGAGCGCUCCCGACGGCAGGGCUGACGGCCGGCUCCUGUUUGGUGCCAUCCUGCCGGGCGUAUGCCCACCACCGGGGACCCAAGGGCGUCCAGGCAGAUGUGGGGCGGGGGAGGGCUGGGUCACUCUCUCUGGAAUGGACGCGGACGCCUUCCUGCCUUCUCCCCGGCUGGUGUCUUCGCCUUGCGGUGGUGGUCCUUCCGGCUGAAGAGCCAGGGUCGUUUUCUCCUGGGAUCAGAUCCUGGCCACGUCUGGCACGUGCUGCCCCUCCCGCCCCCCUUCAGCUGCCCCUGUUUUGCGUGGGGCGGGGAGGGCGACCCAUCCCUUCGUAACUCUGCUGGCUGCCCUUUGAGAAGGAGCUGCCAGCUGUUGUUAUUUUUCUGCUCAGAUCCGCGGACGAAGCGGCUUCCGACCUUCCUUCUUUUUUUAAUAAAAUAAAAUUAGUGGAGCACAA